AACACUGACCCGCAGAGAAGAAGGAAUUGGAGGAAGAAAAAGAUCAUAGAAAGACAGAAGAUGUAAAGGAGCAAAGGGCAGGAAGACAAUAGGCCUUGAGCAACCGGGAAGUCUAUUCCAGUAACACCCUCCUCCCCGACACCCACCAGUUCCAUGGAGUUAAUAUUUGGCCGGAAUAAAAAAGAACAGCUGGAGCCAGUACAGGCCAGAGUGACAGGAAGGAUUCCAGCAUGGCUGCGGGGGACCCUGCUUCGCAAUGGGCCUGGGAUGCACUCAGUGGGGGAGAGCAAGUACAACCACUGGUUUGAUGGCCUGGCCCUUCUCCACAGCUUCACCAUCAGAGAUGGGGAGGUCUUCUACAGGAGCAAAUACUUGCAGAGCGACACCUACAAAGCCAACAUCGAGGCCAGCAGAAUCGUGGUGUCUGAGUUUGGAACAAUGGCCUACCCAGACCCCUGCAAAAACAUCUUCUCCAAGGCUUUCUCCUACUUGUCCCACACCAUCCCUGAUUUCACGGACAACUGCCUGAUCAACAUCAUGAAGUGUGGCGACGACUUCUACGCGACCACGGAGACCAACUACAUCAGGAAGAUCAACCCACAGACUCUAGAGACCUUGGAGAAGGUUGAUUACCGGAAGUACAUGGCUGUAAACCUGGCUACCUCACACCCUCAUUAUGAUGCAGCUGGAAAUGUCCUUAACAUGGGCACGUCCAUCGUGGACAAAGGAAGGACAAAAUACGUGGUCUUUAAGAUCCCUGCCACACCACCAGGGACCAAGAAGAAAGGGAAGAGCCCCUUGAAGCACGCGGAAGUGUUCUGCUCCAUCCCCUCCCGCUCACUCCUCUCCCCCAGCUACUACCACAGCUUUGGAGUCACGGAGAACUAUGUGAUAUUUCUGGAGCAGCCUUUUAAGUUGGAUAUCCUCAAGAUGGCCACCGCAUACAUGAGGGGGGUGAGCUGGGCCUCCUGCAUGUCAUUCUGCAGGGAGGACAAGACUUACAUUCAUAUCAUCGACCAGAGGACCAGAAAGCCUGUGCCAACCAAGUUCUACACAGACCCAAUGGUGGUCUUCCAUCACGUCAACGCCUAUGAGGAGGAUGGCUGCGUUCUGUUUGAUGUCAUUGCCUAUGAGGACAGCAGCCUCUACGAUCUCUUCUAUCUGGCCAACCUGAACCAGGACUUUGAGGAGAAUUCCAGGCUUACUUCAGUGCCCACCCUCCGGAGGUUCGCUGUGCCCCUCCAUGUGGACAAGAAUGCAGAAGUGGGCUCAAAUUUAAUCAAGGUGGCAUCUACAAAAGCAACAGCCCUAAAGGAGAAAGACGGCCAUGUCUACUGCCAGCCCGAGGUUCUCUAUGAAGGCCUAGAGCUCCCUCGGAUAAACUAUGCUCACAACGGGAAACCAUAUCGCUACAUCUUCGCUGCUGAAGUUCAGUGGAGUCCCGUCCCGACCCAGAUACUAAAGUAUGACGUUCUCACAAAGUCCUCCUUAAAGUGGCGUGAGGAGUACUGCUGGCCGGCGGAACCACUGUUUGUACCCACGCCAGGUGCCAAGGAUGAGGAUGAUGGAGUCAUCUUAUCAGCCGUCGUCUCUACAGAUCCCCAAAAGCUGCCUUUUUUACUUAUCCUGGAUGCCAAAAGCUUUACAGAAUUGGCCCGUGCCUCUGUUGACGCAGACAUGCACCUGGACCUGCAUGGCUUGUUUAUCCCGGAUGCAGAACGGAGUACAGUGAAACAGGCCCCCGCCGAGGGGCAGGAGGAUGAAAACUCAGAUGACCCUGUCACCCCACAGGACAGCACCACGACCAGGCCACAGUAAGAAUGACUUCACAGCUGGGUCUGGCGGCUCACACCUUUGGUCCCAGCGCUCUGGAGGCAGAGCAAGUCUGUGAGUUCGAGGCCAGCCUGUUCUACAACACAGGUUCCAGGACAGCCAGGGCUACACAGAGAAAUCCUGUCUUGGGGGGGUUGGGGGUGGGGAAACUUAAAAAAAAAAAAAGAAAAAGAAAAGAAAGGAAUGACUUCACUGGUGGGACCUGGGGACAGUAAGUGUGGAUAAUACUGUCAACUUGGACAGCAUCUAGGAUCAUUUAGGAAACAAACUUCCACGAGAAGAGUUUCUUCAUUGGGUUUACUGACAAGGAAGAUCCAACUUGAGUGUGAGCAGCAUCACGCCAUCCCAUGAACUGAGGUCCGGACUGAACAAAAAGGAAAAGGCUGCUUGAGUGCCAGCAUUCACCUCUCUCUGCUUCCUGACUGGGGCUGCGCCAUGACCAGCUGCCUCACACGCCUGAUAUCCUUCCUUCCCCACCGUGAUAGAGUGUAUUCUGGUGCCGUGAGCCAAAAUAAACCCCCCCUCCCUUAAGUAGCUCCUGUCAGGUAUCUUGUCCCAGCAAUGGGGAGGGGAAGUAAGCUUGCACAUUUCUCUGGGAGGAGGGGGUCACGCAUUUCACCCUGCUGUUAUUCUUUGUGAAAAUGCCGUAAUAAACCACCUUGAUAGCUCUAA